UUGUCGCUAUGCCCGGCGGGUCGGGCCAACGGCGGCGGGGGAUAUCAAUAUGGUGGCAGCUGUGCGGCCGAGCGAACGCGCUCUAGAGGUGCAUCUCGCAGAUUAUCUGACGACCGCGUGAAAUGGACCGGUCUGGGCGGUCGACGCUAACGUAUAACGCGUUGAUCUCGUAGCUCGCGUGACAUCGCAGAAUUGCACACGCACGUCCGACGAUGCGUGCUUAACGUGACACGUUCUCUCAUCUCGUUAAACCGGGCCGAAAAAAAACAGUGCUCUAUAUGCGAUAGAGAGAGAGAGGAAAAGACUCACGUUUCUCUCCGGAUUCGUAGCGUACACUAUUAUUGGCGAUACGCCGUUAAACGUGUUUUCUUCGUUGAAACGUCGUUCUAACACCGGUGACCAUCGUCAUCGUCAUCGACGCCACUGUCGCACGUCGUGACGGGAUUUACGACUCUUCGUUUGUCAUGGCAACAAAAAAGUAUGAUGAUGGUGUAAGUGAUAAUACAAGUGAGAGUGACUUUGACGAUGAAGAAGAUCCUGAUAAAAUUGAAGUACCUGGUGGAGGUAAAGAUCUUGCAACUGCUGCAGGGAUUGCAAAUAUUAAAGAUGAAAAGCCAGACUUGUCCGCAAGUCCUUUGGAAAAAACACAAGGGGCGUUAAAUGUAUUGAAUCAAAAGUUUGGUAAUAAAAUUCCUGGAGGAUUAGUAACAAAACCUACAGGGUUAGGAUACGAAAUGGUACGUGUAGGAGGAUCACAAGGUGUCCCACCAGGUUAUGUUGGUGCAAGUCAACUAAAUCAGUUAAGUCAGUUAGCUAGCGGCUAUGGCUUUCCACCUGGACUAGCUCUCUCAAGUUUUAAUCCUGCUGCUUUUCUUCAACCAAGUAUGGACAUGAACGCCUUAAUGGGCAGUUUUAUGGGUAUGCCUGGAAUGAACAUGGGAGUUAAUCCCUUUGUCCAGUUUCUCAAUCAAAGUGGAAUUGCCCCCAAUUGGUCUGGACUGUCAGGUAAAGCUGUGUCGCAAAUGUGGAUGAACUCAGGUGAUCCAACUGAACUGAUGCGGCCAGCUAUACCAGAGGAGGAGGAAGUGGACGAUGAAGACAUGGGUGUUGCGGAGACUUACGCUGAUUAUAUGCCGACAAAACUUAAGCUUGGACGAAAGCAUCCAGAUCCAGUUGUCGAAACAGCAUCUUUAUCGAGUGUGGAGCCGACGGACGUUUGGUAUAAGCUUUCCAUACCAGAGGAGACAAUUCGUUCUGGUGCACUCUCUGCGCUCCAACUUGAAUCCAUUACAUACGCGUCCCAACAACAUGAACAUCUGCUACCCGAUGGUACACGCGCUGGAUUUCUAAUCGGCGACGGCGCGGGUGUCGGCAAGGGUAGAACUAUAGCGGGAAUAAUUUUCGAGAAUUACCUGAAAAGUCGCAAACGCGCCAUUUGGGUGUCUGUCUCGAACGAUCUCAAGUAUGAUGCGGAGCGCGAUUUAAAAGACAUAGGUGCAUCCAAAAUUGAGGUACAUGCCUUGAAUAAAUUCAAAUACGCCAAGAUCUCGUCGGCUACAAAUGGCAAUGUGAAGAAAGGUGUAAUCUUCAGCACUUAUUCUGCCUUGAUUGGUGAAUCUUCGCAAAGUGGCGGGAAAUACAAGAGCAGGCUGAAGCAGUUGUUGCAGUGGUGCGGUGAAGAUUUCGACGGUUUGAUAGUUUUUGACGAGUGCCAUCGGGCGAAAAAUCUAUGUCCUACUGGCAGUUCAAAGCCGACAAAAACAGGUUUGACAGUUUUGGAGUUGCAGAACAAACUCCCGAAAUCUAGGGUCAUUUACGCUAGUGCUACUGGCGCUUCUGAGCCUCGCAACAUGGCAUAUAUGGUGCGACUGGGUAUGUGGGGUGAAGGCACUCCUUUCCCUGAGUUCACUGACUUUAUCACUGCCGUGGAGAAACGCGGUGUCGGUGCAAUGGAGAUCGUGGCGAUGGACAUGAAGCUUCGCGGCAUGUACAUCGCUCGACAAUUAAGUUUUCAUGGUGUGGCUUUCAAGAUCGAGGAAGUACCCCUUUCUAAGGACUUCACUAAGAUUUACGAUCAUUCGGUGCGACUGUGGGUAGAGGCGAUGCAAAGGUUCCAGGAAGCGGCGGAGUUAAUAGACGCGGAGAAUCGUAUGAAGAAAACAAUGUGGGGUCAGUUUUGGUCGGCACAUCAGCGGUUCUUCAAGUACCUGUGUAUUGCUGCGAAAGUGAAACACGCGGUCUUGGUGGCUCGUGAAGCUGUGAAAUGCGGUAAAUGCGUAGUCAUUGGUUUGCAGUCUACAGGCGAAGCGCGCACAUUGGAGCAGUUAGAGCGCGACGACGGUGAACUGACCGAUUUUGUUUCUACCGCAAAGGGCGUCCUUCAAACAUUAGUAGAAAAACACUUUCCUGCGCCUGACCGCAAUCGCAUUCAACGCCUUCUUGGUCUGGAGCCACCAAAGUUCAAAUUAGAAGACGAUGAUAUCGACGGUGCGAGUGGUUCAGCGGGGGGCAGUAAGAGGAAACCCGUACGUCAAGCAGCACAACGUGCAUCGAAAAAGGUGCGCGCUUGGUCGUCAGAAGAAGAAAUAACGGACGAGGAGAGGAACGGCGCUCACAGUUCCGGCUCCGAGUUCAAACUGAGCGGCAGCGAAAGUGAAGACGAUCAUCAUACAGACGAAGAAAGCAAUAUCAGCUCAGACUUCAAUCCUUUCUUCAGUGACAGUGAUUCUGACGUUGAUCCCUGGGACAGGCGAAAGAAGAAAGGUAGCAAGAAACAAAAGAAACCCGCGAAGAAACGUUUGAGUACGCAAGAAAAGAUUCAGUCAAUGUUGGUACAUAAGUCCUCUACUAAUAGAAAUAAACGUAAUGGCGAUACAGCCGGCGGUCAUAUGGGCAAUAUGCGAAGUAUACAUCAUGCACCUCCUAGGGAUGCUAUUGAAAGAGCUUGUAGCAUGAAAGAAGAACUUUUGGCCAAAAUAGAGUCUCUUGGCGACCGAUUGCCUCCAAAUACACUAGAUCAGUUAAUAGAUGAGCUUGGCGGCCCAGAAAAUGUCGCGGAAAUGACUGGCAGAAAAGGUCGCGUCGUACAGACGGAAGACGGUGCAAUACAAUACGAAUCUAGGUCAGAAGUGGAUGUUCCUUUAGAAACCCUCAACUUGACAGAAAAGCAAAGAUUUAUGGACGGAUUAAAAACCGUAGCGAUCAUCUCUGAAGCAGCCAGCAGCGGUAUAUCGUUACAAAGCGACAGACGAGCAAGAAAUCAAAUGCGACGUGUGCAUAUCACGCUCGAGUUGCCUUGGAGCGCGGAUAGAGCGAUACAGCAAUUCGGGCGAACACAUCGGUCGAAUCAAGUUAACGCACCAGAAUACAUAUUUCUUAUAUCAGAUUUGGCCGGAGAGAGGCGAUUUGCAUCCAUUGUCGCUAAACGCUUAGAGAGCCUGGGGGCUCUGACGCACGGUGAUCGUCGUGCGACGGAAACCCGAGAUUUUUCGCAAUUCAAUAUUGACAACAAGUACGGUCGUGCGGCAUUGGAAGCAACAAUGAAAGCUAUAAUGGGGUUCGAUGCGCCGUUGGUACCACCGCCCCAAGAUUAUCACGGCGAGUUCUUCAAGGAUGUCGCGGACGCACUAGUGGGCGUCGGUUUAAUUUGCAAUAGUGAGAAUACACCUGGUGUACUCACGCUCGAUAAGGACUAUAACAACAUGUCCAAGUUUCUAAAUCGAAUCCUUGGCAUGCCGGUCGAUUUGCAAAAUCGUCUCUUCAAAUAUUUCACUGACACGCUCAAUGCCAUUAUCACGCAAGCGAAAAAAACUGGUCGUUUUGACAUGGGUAUUCUUGAUCUCGGUACGUCGGGUGAAAACGUACGAAGAGUACGGUUAUAUCGAUUUCUGCGGAAACAUGCAACUGGCAAGGCACCGACAGAGUUGCACGUGGUACAUGUUGAGCGUGGUAUGAGUUGGUCUGAAGCUAUAGAUAAAUUCUCAGAACUAACAGGGUCUAAGGAGGGAUUCUAUUUGAGCCAUCAGAUCCGCAAUGGAAAACAGACUGCUAUUCUCACGGUCAUUGUGGAUGGCGGUAAGAAGAAAACUGAAAGCAAGAAGGAUCAGCUUUACAUGGUAUAUAGGCCCAAUACAGGGCUGCAGCUACGACAGGAGACUCUAGGAGAAUUAGAGAAAAAGUAUAAGAAGGUGAGUGCGGAUGAGGCAGAGCCACAUUGGACGCAGCAAUAUGAGGCUUCCGUUAACACAUGCUCGCAUGCCUACUGGAGUGGCAAUUGUAAAAAUACCAAUCUUGGUAUGGAUUGUGAGGUGGGGUUGAGAAGACGUUCCUAUAAUGUAUUAGCUGGUUCUGUUCUGAGCGUUUGGAGUCGCGUGGAAAACAUACUCGCUUCACGAUCUGGACAUAAUUCUAAGAUGCAAGUUGUACGACUGCGAACAGAUGAAGGGUUAAAGAUUGUUGGGACGCUUAUUCCGAAGACUUGCAUGGAAGUGUUGCACCAAGCGCUUUCCUCUGACUCAGAAAAAACGGAGGAACUGACAUUUUGAAUGUCCAGUCGUAUCGAAGGCAUGAAUAGGACCAAGCAAGGUUAUCGGCAUGACAUAAUCCACCGCGACUGGAAGGAAAUCGUCCUUCCCAGACUCGAGAAGAGGAGGAGUACAUUGCAUUCGCGCACGUGCUGUGUUAAUUGCCUGAAAUCAUGGAUGUGUCAAGUAGAUUCCGAACUGAAUCUACUAGUCAUCGACAUACGUCGCUGCCGCCUGAUUUCCGACAAGAUGCGACGAACGUUUCUGAUCGAUGAACGAGCUGAAGAAUUGAAGCAACAAUUUACAACUUAAAUCUAUCUCACGUAUCUGCGCGAUCGUCUGUCGUUUGCGGAUAUUGUAGUACUCACCCCGCCGCCAAUACAAUGUAGAUUUUUAAUUAGCUAAAGCUCCUUAUAUCGUGCGUGCGUGCGCGCGCGCACGUGUGUGUGUGUGGUGUGUGUGAGCGCGCGCGCGCUCGUUUAUACAUAUAUAUACAUAUACAUACAUACAUGCAUACUUACACACACACACACACACACACACACACACACACACAUACACACGCUCUCAUCGCUAUGCCGAAUAUAAUUAGAAAAGGAAGUUUAUUUUUUACAUCGUCGCCGUUGAUUAUCAUAUUUUCAUCUGAGAUUUUAGCGAACAUAGCGUGUGAUACGUAUAGCAAAUAUAUAUGCUGCUGUACCUCUUAAGAUUUUUUCAUAAUAUACUUAUGAGAGAAUCCUGAAAAAAUAAAAAGAAAUAGAGGUGCACGCGUCUUCAUGGUAAACAUGAAACGGAUUUAUAAGAAUGAUGGAGGACGCGAGUACAUAUAGAAAGCGAGAAAUAUAAUUAACAAUUUUGAGCACUUCGAUUGCCAGUAUUUAAAAGACGCGUUCGUUUCAUUUCAGUUAACGUGAUAGAACAAAUUUUUAAGCAGCGUCAUUCUGACAAGCAUCAAUUGAUGCUGAUCAAAAUAAGCAUCAGUCGAACUAGAUCAAACGUGAUAAGCGUUGAUCAAUAUAAGAAUAACUACAAUUAGCACAAUCGAAUUUCCAUGGAAGGAAAUAAAGAUGUAUAUGCGGCCGUAGUUUCAUAUUUCGUUCAAUCGUUAUACUUAUUGUUGAAAAGAGCAGUUGAAGAGAUGAUCAUACACACAUUCGCAUACACAUAUAUGCUACUGCUACCAUUACUAUAGCUACCAUUGCUACUAUAAAUUACUGCUAAUAUACUAUAUUAGUACUAGUGUGCUACCGCUGCGAAACUACUAUUAAUAUUACUUAGAUGUGGGGAGACGAGAUAACAUACGUUGCGCACUUUUUCGAACUUUGAAGACACGAUUAAGUGACUUAACGUACAAGCAUUAAGUUAUAUCUUCAUUUUUUUCUUUCCCUCUUUUUUUUUUUUAUUGUCUCGACAAAAUAAAAAUCGAUUAAAGGGCAAUAUGAUGACAAAUUCAA